AACAGUUUUUAAAUGGAAACACAGCCCUUCCACCCCCCUCUCUCCCCCUGGCCACCAGGUCUCUACAGCCUGGGUUCAUUGGGGUGAAGGCAGCUGGGUGAAAUCACUCCUAAUUUGCUCUUAUUUUUUCUUCUAGUGACACGUAUUUUGCUUCUGUUUUGAGAUCUAGGAAGCCCUGCUUCACCCCAUCAUACAGGAGUGCUCCCUGGGGCUGGGGGAGCAAGGAGGGCGGCUGGGGACCGGCUGGGGUCACUGCGUGGCCAGGUGCCACCUGUCAUCCUCCAUCCCACACAGUCGUCCCAAGCAGGAUGUCCCCAUCGCGGGGGCAUUGCUCCUCUCUGCCGUCUCCAUCGCUCUGCAGCUCCACAUCCUGCUCUCCUGUUGCUCAGAGAUGUGGAGGCAGUUGCUAAGAGACACCGAAACGUCAGUAUCUGGCCCUCAAGGAAAAAAAAAAAAAUAGAGAAAGAGAGAGACAAGGGAGGACGAGGAGGAGGAGGGGAGGAAGGAGGUGGGGAAAGACCUGCUCUGAUUGCCAGGCUCGGCAGCAGCCUUGGCUGCAGGAGCUGCUCACCCAACUUGACGGACCCCCAUCUCACCGCCCGCGCCCAGCGGUUGCUGAGCGGAGCCCCACUUGUCUCCAGGCAGCGCAGCUGCAAGCAGCCCGCACCGGCCCUGUGGGGAGGCUCAGUGGGCCCCGAAUGUUUGUGGGAUGCCCUAAGCGUCGCUUUGCUAGCUCAGAGCCUGGGUGCGGUCCCAAGUGCUUCCUCCACCACUGCCAGUAGACUUUGCUGGGUGACCCUUUCCCCAGCCGGGAUGGCCACCACACUGUGAUGGGCAGAGGAUGCUGUUGCGGUGCAGCCGGCAGGCUGUCCCCGCACUGAGGCCUGCCGGCAUGGCACACUGCAGGCUCUGAGAUGGGCCUGGGGGCAGGCCGCCGGCCCGCCAUGCUGCUGAGCCCCUGGCUGGUGGCGGUGGUGGCGGUGGUGGCGGCGGGCGCUGGUGCAGGCUGCCCAGUGCUGUGUACGUGCCGCGGGCAGGCGGUGGACUGCAGCGGGCAGCGUCUCUUCUCGGUGCCCGCCGAGCUGCCCUUGGACACCGGCAACCUCAGCCUGGCCCACAACCGCAUCGCCAGCAUCCCGCUGGGCUACCUGGCCUGCUACGCCCAGCUGCGCGUCCUCGACCUGCGCAACAACUCGCUGGCCGCACUGCCCGCCAGGCUGUUCCUGGGCGCCCGCCGCCUCACCCACCUGGACCUCAGCUACAACAACUUCAGCCUGGUGACGGCCGACAUGUUCCUGGAGGCCAGCGAGCUGCUGCGCCUCGACCUCAGCCACAACCCCUGGCUGUGCACGGUGCACCCCAGGGCCUUCCGCGGGCUGGCGCAGCUGCGGGAGCUGGACCUCAGCUACGGGGGGCUGUCGGCCCUCAGCCUGGACGCGUUGGAGGGGCUGACGGGGUUGGUGACCCUCCGGAUCGGCGGCAACCCCUGGGUGUGCGGCUGCGCAAUGGAGCCCUUCCUCAAGUGGCUGAAGAGCCGCAUCCAGCUCUGCACAUCAGAUUCGCAGCUGGCCAAGUGCCAGGCUCCCCCCGAGGUGAAGGAGGUGCCCCUCUUCUCGCUGACAGAGGAGAGCUUCAAGGCGUGCCACCUCACCCUGACCCUGGAUGACUAUCUCUUCAUCGCCUUUGUGGGCUUCGUGGUCUCCAUCGCGUCGGUGGCCACCAACUUCCUGCUGGGCAUCACGGCCAACUGCUGUCACCGCUGGAGCAAAGCCAGCGAGGACGAGGAGGUUUAGGUAUGGCCGGGGAGGCUGGGACGGGGGCUCACCCCUCUGCCCCCAGCCAA